GAAACUGCACUCUGUGUUCUGUCUCUGGCAGCUCUGGAGACUGACAGCAGGCGACAUGGGGCCUGAUAGGCAGGCAUCUGACUGGCUGGAGGGAUACGCGUUCUUACUCAUGACUGUUGUCUUUCCAUUUCUUGGACACUGACAGAGAUUUGCAUUCAAAGCAUGUCAUGGUUUAGUGGCCUCCUGGUUCCCAAAGUGGAUGAACGGAAAACAGCUUGGGGGGAACGCAAUGGGCAGAAGCGCCCACGCCACGCGAAUCGAGCCAGUGGCUUCUGCACACCCCGCUACAUGAGCUGCCUCAAGAAUGUGGAGCCACCCAGCCCCACUCCUGCGGCUCACACUCGGUGCCCCUGGCAGGAUGAAGCCUUCAGGAGAGCGGGCCCGGGCAGGGGUGUGGAGCUGGGGCUGCGGUCAGUGGCCUUGGGGUUUGAUGACACUGAGGUGACCACACCGAUGGGGACAGCUGAAGUGGCACCGGAUACCUCGCCUCGGAGCGGUCCGUCCUGCUGGCACCGGCUCGUGCGGGUGUUCGAGUCUAAGCAGUUCCGCUCCGCCAAGCUGGAGCGGCUGUACCAGCGGUACUUCUUCCAGAUGAACCAGAGCAGCCUCACGCUGCUCAUGGCGGUGCUGGUGCUGCUCAUGGCUGUACUGUUGACCUUCCACGCUGCGCCUGCUCAGCCUCAGCCUGCUUACGUGGCCCUGCUGAUCUGUGCCUCCGUCCUUUUUGUGGUACUCAUGGUGGUGUGUAACCGGCAUAGCUUCCGCCAGGACUCCAUGUGGGUGGUGAGCUAUGUGGUCCUGGGCAUCCUAGCUGCCGUGCAAGUCGGGGGUGCUCUGGCAGCCAAUCCGCACAGCCCCUCGGCGGGCCUUUGGUGCCCCGUGUUCUUCGUCUACAUCACCUACACGCUUCUUCCCAUUCGCAUGCGAGCCGCAGUGCUCAGCGGCCUGGGCCUCUCCACUCUGCAUUUGAUUUUGGCCUGGCAGCUCAACAGCAGCGACCCCUUCCUUUGGAAGCAGCUGGGUGCUAACAUGGUGCUCUUCCUCUGCACCAACGCCAUCGGUGUCUGCACACACUACCCCGCUGAAGUGUCUCAGCGCCAAGCCUUUCAGGAGACCCGAGGUUACAUCCAGGCGCGGCUGCACCUGCAGCAUGAGAACCGUCAGCAGGAACGGCUGCUGCUAUCGGUGUUGCCCCAGCAUGUUGCCAUGGAGAUGAAAGAAGACAUCAACACAAAAAAAGAAGACAUGAUGUUCCACAAGAUCUACAUCCAGAAGCACGAUAAUGUCAGCAUCCUGUUUGCGGACAUUGAGGGCUUCACCAGCCUGGCCUCCCAGUGCACCGCGCAGGAACUGGUCAUGACCUUGAAUGAGCUCUUCGCCCGGUUUGACAAGCUGGCUGCGGAGAAUCAUUGUCUGAGGAUCAAGAUCUUAGGAGACUGUUACUACUGCGUGUCAGGGCUACCUGAGGCCCGGGCAGACCACGCCCACUGCUGUGUGGAAAUGGGGGUAGACAUGAUCGAGGCCAUCUCGCUGGUGCGUGAGGUAACAGGUGUGAACGUGAACAUGCGCGUGGGCAUCCACAGCGGACGUGUGCAUUGCGGCGUCCUUGGCCUGCGGAAAUGGCAGUUUGACGUCUGGUCCAAUGAUGUGACCCUGGCCAACCACAUGGAGGCCGGGGGCCGGGCCGGCCGCAUCCACAUCACUCGGGCUACACUGCAGUACCUGAACGGGGACUAUGAGGUGGAGCCAGGCCGUGGUGGUGAGCGCAACGCAUAUCUCAAGGAGCAGUGCAUUGAGACCUUCCUCAUACUGGGCGCCAGCCAGAAACGGAAAGAGGAGAAGGCCAUGCUGGCCAAGCUUCAGCGGACGCGGGCCAACUCCAUCGAAGGACUGAUGCCCCGCUGGGUUCCUGACCGCGCCUUCUCCCGGACCAAGGACUCUAAAGCAUUCCGCCAGAUGGGCAUCGAUGACUCUAGCAAAGACAACCGGGGUGCCCAAGAUGCUUUGAACCCUGAAGAUGAGGUGGAUGAGUUCCUGGGCCGAGCCAUCGAUGCCCGAAGCAUCGACCAACUGCGUAAGGACCACGUGCGCCGGUUCCUGCUCACCUUCCAGAGAGAGGAUCUUGAAAAGAAGUAUUCACGGAAAGUAGAUCCUCGCUUCGGAGCCUAUGUCGCCUGUGCCCUCCUGGUUUUUUGCUUUAUCUGUUUCAUCCAGCUCCUCGUAUUCCCAUACUCCACCCUGAUACUCGGGAUUUAUGCCGCUAUCUUCCUAUUGUUGCUGGUCACUGUGCUGAUUUGCGCCGUGUGUUCCUGUGGCUCUUUCUUCCCCAAGGCCCUGCAACGCCUGUCCCGCAAUAUCGUCCGCUCUCGGGUGCACAGCACCGCGGUUGGAAUCUUCUCGGUUCUGCUUGUGUUCAUCUCUGCCAUCGCCAGCAUGUUCACCUGUAAUCACACCCCAAUAAGGACCUGCGCGGCCCGGAUGCUGAACUUAACACCAGCGGAUGUCACCGCCUGCCACCUCCAACAGCUCAAUUACUCUCUGGGACUGGAUGCUCCCCUGUGUGAGGGCGCCGCACCCACCUGCAGCUUCCCUGAGUACUUCGUCGGGAAUGUCCUGCUGAGUCUCUUGGCCAGCUCUGUCUUCCUACACAUCAGCAGCAUCGGCAAGCUGGCCAUGACCUUCGUCUUGGGGUUCACCUACUUGGUGCUGCUUUUGCUAGGUCCCCCAGCUGCCAUCUUUGACAACUAUGAUCUACUGCUUGGUGUCCAUGGCUUGGCUUCCUCCAAUGAGACCUUUGAUGGACUGGACUGCCCAGCUGUGGAGAGGGUAGCGCUCAAAUAUAUGACCCCUGUGAUUCUGCUGGUGUUUGCCCUCGCACUGUACCUGCAUGCACAACAGGUGGAAUCCACUGCCCGCCUGGACUUCCUGUGGAAGCUACAGGCGACAGGGGAGAAGGAGGAGAUGGAGGAGCUGCAGGCAUACAACCGGAGGUUGCUGCAUAACAUUCUUCCCAAGGACGUGGCCGCCCACUUCCUGGCCCGGGAACGCCGCAACGAUGAGCUGUACUACCAGUCGUGUGAAUGUGUGGCUGUCAUGUUUGCCUCCAUUGCCAAUUUCUCUGAGUUCUACGUGGAGCUAGAGGCAAACAACGAGGGUGUGGAGUGCCUGCGGCUGCUCAAUGAGAUCAUCGCCGACUUUGACGAGAUCAUCAGUGAGGAGAGGUUCAGGCAGUUGGAGAAGAUCAAGACAAUCGGUAGCACCUACAUGGCCGCCUCUGGGCUAAAUGCCAGCACCUAUGACCAGGCCGGCCGAUCGCACAUCACGGCGCUGGCCGACUAUGCCAUGCGGCUCAUGGAGCAGAUGAAGCACAUCAAUGAACACUCUUUCAACAACUUCCAGAUGAAGAUCGGGUUGAACAUGGGUCCAGUUGUAGCAGGCGUCAUUGGGGCCCGAAAGCCACAGUAUGACAUCUGGGGAAAUACCGUGAAUGUUUCCAGUCGUAUGGACAGCACUGGAGUUCCUGAUCGAAUACAGGUGACCACGGACCUGUACCAGGUUCUAGCUGCCAAGGGCUACCAGCUGGAGUGUCGAGGGGUGGUCAAGGUGAAGGGAAAGGGGGAGAUGACCACCUACUUCCUCAACGGGGGCCCCAGCAGUUAGCAGAGUGCAGCAGCUGAGAUUCAACCGAAGGGACCAAGGUGGGCAUUGAGUGGACUUUCUGCUCGCUGGGUGGAGCUGUGGCAGGGGGGCACUGAGCCUCCGGAUCUUGCUGACAGCAAAAGGGAGCACCCUGGCAGGCUGCGCUUGGACUGCAUUCGUCAGCCUUCAGAAUGGCGAUGAAGGGGACGCUGAGAGGAUUAUCCGAGUGACUUUCUUAAUUGGAGUUAGGCUGGUCUUCGUUCGUGUGGAUGCGGAUGAAGAGAACGGCGACAGAGGCCGGGGAGCCUCCUGUUUGAGAGUUAAAUGGCAACUCUCCAUGCCCACUGUCCCCCUGUCUGGGCAACCGGCUCAGGGCUGGGUCCUUUCUCUCCCUAUUUUUCCUGGGACUACUUUUUGUACAAAGACUGUGGCAGGCAUGAAGAAUGCUUGCCUUUGCUUGCCUGUGUCCGCAGCCCGGGUCUUGGGCACUCUCAGAACCAGCCAAUUCUCCUUCUUAGGCACAAGGCAGAGGAAGAAGGUUCUGUGGGACCUAGCUCUGACCCACCAUACUUCAGGGGAAUGUUUCCAUUUGCCAAAUCCUAGUCCCGUGAUCUGUCCCCAAAGGGGAACAAAGGGACCUCUGACAGUGAAGAUUUAGCCCCAGAUCCUGCAUGCUCCAGGGAAAGGGACAUCUGGCCUCACUGGUACUGUGAGAAUGACCAGCCAGAGGGCAUGCCUGUGUGUGAGGUCAUCAGAAGAACAGGAACUGGAUGGUCACCUGCAGGUGCCAAAGAAUGUGGGCGGGCAGCCAGGGAGGAGGAGGAGGAGGAGGAGGAGGAGGAAGAGGAGGCAGCCACACUGACCUGAGGCCUCAGUGUGCCCACAUGCUUACUUGCUGCCUGCUGGCAGGGGCCAUGGAACAUCUCUAUCCCUUAUAUUGCCAAAUAGCAAGAGGGUCAGGGUUCUAAGAAAGAUGACCUGACCACAAACCUGGCUUCCUAAGUCUGGCACUAGGGAGGCCCUGUGUGUUUGUAUAAUUGUGUGUGCAUGUUUUGUGUGUGUGUGUGUGUGUGUGUGUGUGUGUGUCUCUGUCUGUCUGUCUGUCUGUCUGUCUGUCUGUCUGUCUGUCUUUGAGUGUCUUUGAGGUCUCCAUGUGUCCUCAUGCUCCAGUUCCUCAGCUCUCCACCGGGGACCACCUCUCUCCCAUGGGCCUCUGUCUUCUGGCAUUAAGGCCGAGUUUCCUGUGCCAAGGGAUAGAGAGUAAUGCCCAGGUUGCACAGGAGUGGGGUGGGGUUUGGUAGUAAAAUGUGAGUGGUCUGGGGAGAGGAGUCCUUUUUUGUGCCAAAUCCCUAAGUGCCAUUUGGGGGCCACAUGUGCAGUAUGACUGUCCCCCUGCCUAGGGCAGGGACCCAAGCACCUGCUUAAUCUCUAGUGUCCCUUGGGACUUGAACUGUUGGAGGUUUGUGGGUAGAGGCGCAGGCAUUUCCUGGGUUCCUGAGCUUGUGUCUUGGGGGCGUGGUGUGCUUUCUGACUUGGGGUAGUGUGGGAUUCCUUGCUGAGGACCCCAAUGUUGGUACUAGGGGAUGGGAGCCUAGGAACUUGGAACUCGGCUGUCCCAAGCCUUCGGCCUGAAUCUAGCAUGGCUAGACUCUAGCCCCGGCUCCCAAUCUUAACGAAGCUUGCAAGGGUUGUACUCUGCCCUUGCCUGCCCUUGCCUGCCUCUGACUCUUGCAGCCUCCAUGACUCUGGUCUGAGUUACCUGGUGCCUUGGUUUCUCUGUCUGCAUCUAGUUAAGCCAGCGGCCUCACUCCUCCAUGUCAGCCGACGAUCACUUUGUCUUAGACGUGGGCAGGAAAGGCAGAGGAGUUUCAGGAGGUGCGGAAGGGGCAGGCUGUACUUCGGCCCUUCCUCAAGCUUCUGCCGCCCAUUCUCUGCAGAGGCCUGGGUUCUGGCUUGGUACUGCUUUCCUGGAAAUCUCCAUGUCCUAAUCGGUGGACCACUGGGCGCUUGAUUAGCCAAGGCAGAGGAGAGGAAGAUCAGCCGGUCCAGGCUGAAAAUUUCCUCUGUCUCCCGGAGCCAUAUCCUAUCCCUGGAUAGGAAGGGACUACUCGACGCCAUUGGGGCGGGCGUGAGGUAUAUAAGCCAAAGCAGGGAGACCUCAGCUUUGGGUCUGCUUCUUGCCAGGUGGGAGGGGCUUGUCCACACCCUGGCUCCCCAUACCACAGUGCCAGCCAGUCAUGUCCCUCUCUGAGUUACCUUAGCCACGCUCCUCACCAGUUGGGGAAGGAGUCCGGUUUCGGGAGGCCAUGGGCUCUGGUUUUAUAAUGUAACCACUGUUGGAGUGGGGGAGGGUGAUGUACCAUGUAUU